UUUUAGUACACUUAGUUCUAAUUAAUCUAAAACUUUUAACAACACUAUUGUGAUUCACGUCGACAAAACAAAACAAUCUGUCCUCUGGAAAUUAGAUAAUAGUACAAAGACGUGCGUAAGGUGAAAAAACAACAAACGCAGACACAUUUUCAUGAAGUGUUACGUUCUUUUUCAAAUUAAGUCAUAAAAGUGCCACGAUUGUUCUAAUUUAAUUUACAGAGACCGGCACUAUAAAAACAUUAUUUAGAAAAUGUGUUUACGCCAACGCGUUUUAUUGAAAAAAGAUAACCGAAAUUGUAAGAAAUCAGUUUCCCAACUCCAACUAACAUCUAAUAAAUAUAAACACUCUCCAACUGUAUAGGUAAUAAACAAGAUAACUGGGUGAGAGUGCAGUGCAAGUGCUCAAGACCGUUCUAGAGUUACUUAUUAAUCGUAAAGAUACGAACACUCCGAUGCUCCAUCCAAACGCACCGAGGACCUCCGGGCGAAAAAUGAAGCAGUACGUAGCAGCAACAUCAGUAUCUUUGGGUGCGCUAUGUGCUGGCACUUGUCUGGCUUGGACCUCCCCAGCCCUCUCCCAACUCUCGAUCCUGACCAAAACUGACAACUCCACCGAGAGUUUCCACCUCACGAACUCUGAAGGCGCCGCCGUGGGUGGAAUGAUAGCAAUAGGGGCCCUAAUUUCUGCAAUUCCGGCUGGUUUCCUCGCCGACAAGUUCGGACGAAAGAAAAUAAUCUUCUUCGUUUCCUUAAUGUUUCUUCUAAAUUGGCUGCUAAUCAUUUUUGCUCAAAAUUCAGCAACUUUGAUCGCUGGUCGAAUCUUCGCUGGAAUAGGAACUGGGGCCAUUUGUGUCGUCGGACCCAUGUACAUAGGAGAAAUCGCCGAGUCUUCAGUCCGAGGCAUCCUAGGAGCGUUCAUCAACAUGUUCCUCUGCACUGGAAUUCUUCUAACCUGUGUGUUUGGUUCUUUCACCACCUGGAGAGUGCUUUCGAUGAUCUUAGCAGCCGUUCCUGUAAUCUUCGGUGCUAGCUUCCUCUUCAUGCCCGAAACUCCAGUCUACUUAGUCAAAAUUAGCAACCUCCAACGAGCCGAGAAGACUCUACUUGGACUCAGAGGUAGCAACUACGACAUCCACACAGAACUCAAAGACAUCCAGAAGGAAAUCGACAAUUCGCAUAAGAACUCCGCAAGCAUUAAAGACAUCUUCACGUCUAAAGCAAACCGAAGAGCGUUCAUGUCAGUAGUUGCAGUCUUGGCGUUCCAGCAGCUGUGUGGAGUCAACGCUGUGGUCUUCUACACGGUUCCGAUCUUCCAGGCAGCUGGCAGCAGCCUUUCGCCUAAUCUCGCUGGAAUCAUUAUAGCUCUAGUACAAGUUUUGUCGUCCUACGUGUCCAUCUUCAUUAUAGAAAAAGCCAACAGGAGAUUCUACUUGAUGCUGUCUUCUGUCGGGAUGCUGCUGUUUUUGACAGCUCUCGGGAUGUAUUUCCACUUGAAGCGUUUGAAUGUCGAUAUUAGUCCUUUGGGUUUUAUUCCAAUUGGUAGUGCUGUCAUGUUCAUGAUUUCGUUUUCGAUUGGGUAUGGGCCAAUUCCGUGGUUGCUCAUGGGUGAGUUGUUCGCACCAGAGGUUAAAGGGAUCGGGAAUGGGUUUGCUAUCGCCACGAAUUGGUCGUGCGCGUUUUUGGUCACUUAUUUCUUCCCGAUUAUUAAUAAUAGUCUGGGGGCGCACAUUUCGUUUUAUAUUUGUGCGGGGAUUAUGGCACUUGCUACGAUUUAUGUGGCGGUUGUGGUGCCCGAAACUAGGGGCACGACGCUGCUGGAAAUUCAACAAAUUCUGAAUAAGUAGGAAUUUUGUAAUGAUUUAGAAAAAUAUGACAAUUUCUCAUUAGGAUAAUGUUUGAUAAGACUGUUGUAAAGAUAGAUAAAUUAUUGUGGAUUUUCUGCGGCUGGUACUUAUGUAGUACUUAAGUGUGAACGUAGAAGCUAUUUUAUAUUAGAUUGUUUAAAUCGUUGAAAAAUAAAUUGAAAAAUAAAUAAAA